UUUUUGUUGAGUAUUUUGAGUACUUAUCAGUCAGUGGUCGUGACAUAAUUUGCAACCGUACUUGAAAUAUCGUUCCCUUAGCUUGGCUGGAAAGUACAGGGUCUUAUUACAGAACUUGACUACCAGUUGUUUGAGAUGCGGCGUUCCAGGCGCAUGCGACACCCUGAUGGCUGGGUUGAGGAGUAUAGCUAUGAGGAGAAGCAGGACAUUCGCAAACGGCAGAGGCGAAGUUCCCAUAGCAGUGACCGGGAAAAGAGACCGAGGCGGUACCACCACGACAAAACAUACGAAAGGUGUCACCUUGACUCUAAGAAGCUGGAGCGCAGAGCCCAGGAGCCCAGUGUGGAGCGAGAGAGCCAUGGGGACAAGGAGAGGGAUGGGGCCAAGGGUGAGACGUGUAAGGAGCGGAGGAACAGAGACUGGCACCACUACAGCAAAUCCUCCGCACGCAGUGGCCGUAGCCACCAGAGCUGUCGCACACGACACCGCUCCCGCCGUCACAGCCAGGGGCGCUCAGACUCGAGGAGUCACCGCAGGAAGAGAUCCAGAAGUUUUGAGGAUGAUGAAGAGGGUCACCUGAUCUAUCACAAUGGACUCGUACUAAAAGCAAGAUAUGAGAUUGUAUCCACUUUAGGAGAAGGGGCUUUCGGGAAAGUGGUGGAAUGUAUCGACAACCCGAAUGAUGACACGAGGGUGGCACUGAAGAUCAUUAAGAACAUUGACCGUUACCGGGAGGCUGCUAUGUCUGAGGUAGAGGUGCUGGAACAGAUGAACUCCCUGGAUGACGAGAGAACCUUUGGCUGUGUGCGUAUGCUGGACUGGUUCGAUUACCAUGGCCACAUCUGCAUUGUGUUUGAGCUUCUGGGUCUCAGCACUUUUGACUUUCUGAAGGAGAACGGCUUCAUGCCUUUCACUGUGGACCAGAUCAGACACAUGGCCUACCAGAUCUUCAGAGCUGUGUCCUUUCUCCAUCGAAAUAAACUGACCCAUACUGACCUGAAGCCAGAGAAUAUUCUCUUUGUCAAUUCUGACUAUGACAUGGAAUACAAUGCCAAAAUGAAACGGGAUGAGAGAACUUUGAAGAACCUAGAUGUGAAAGUGGUGGAUUUUGGUAACGCCACCUUUGACCAUGAGCACCACACCUCUGUGGUCUCCACCCGCCAUUACAGAGCACCGGAGGUCAUCCUUGAGCUGGGGUGGAAUCAGUCAUGUGAUGUGUGGAGUCUAGGCUGCAUUCUCCUAGAGUACUAUCUUGGGUUAACACUGUUCCAGACGCAUGACAGCAAAGAACACCUGGCGAUGAUGGAGAGGGUUCUGGGGCCCAUACCUGUCCACCUACUACAGAAAACAAAGAAGCGGCGGUAUGUGCAUCAUGACCGGCUGGACUGGGAUGAACACAGUUCCUCAGGGAGAUAUGUGAGGAAGCACUGCAAACCACUCAAGCAAUACAUGUCCUCCAGGAGCUCAGACCACGAGCAGCUAUUUGACCUGAUCCACAGUAUGAUGGAGUAUGACGUGUCCAGGAGGCUCACCCUGGAAGAGGCCAUCUGGCAUCCAUUCUUCCACCCCAUGAGGAAGGAGAGGAAAAAGUGACCAUGAAGACCACAGCACUCACUACUCUACAUUUCUCUACUCCAAGGGAGACUUCUAUAGACUGCAUCAGUCCGCUAUCUAUGAGAUUAUUACCCUUGUUUACAUACCGAUUGAGUUUACCUGCCUGCCUGCUUCAGAUUUAAUUUAUUUAACUUGUGAAUCCUCAUGAUCCCUUUUGAUUUGUGAAUAAAUUUGUUUACUAUGUUCUCAA